AUGUUUCGCCCCGUGACUCGCGUUGCCGCCCCGCUGCGCCAGUACGCUCGUUCGCGUCUGGCCAGCACCUUGGUGUAUGUGGACCACAACAACGGUGCCCUCAACCCAGCCGUGCGCAGCGCCAUCAAUGCUGCCUCCAAGCUGGGCGGCGAUGUGACUGCCCUCGUUGCUGGUGGUGAUGACGCGAGCGUGGCGCCUGUGAUCUUGAAGGCCCAAGAGGCCAACAAGUACACGCACAUUUUGGCCGCUGCUUCGUCUGUCGGCAAGAACGUGAUGCCGCGCGUGGCCGCCAAGCUCGAUGUGUCCAUGGUCUCGGACGUGACUGGCAUCUCUUCCGAAGACACCUUUGAGCGCCCCAUCUACGCUGGCAACGCCAUGGCCAGUGUCAAGAGCAGCGAUGCCGUCAAGAUCCUGACCAUCCGUCCCACGGCCUUUGAUGAGGCGGCUGCCGAGGGUGGCUCUGCUACCACUGAGGCGUUUGAGGUGGAUGCCACUCAAGACCUGGCCACCUUCAAGGGCCAGGAGCUGACCAAGUCGGACCGCCCUCAGCUGGCCGAUGCCUCCCGCGUGGUGUCGGGUGGUCGUGCUCUGAAGAGCUCGGAGAACUUUUCCAUCAUUUAUGACUUGGCCGAUGCCAUGGGUGCUGCCGUUGGUGCCUCGCGCGCAGCAGUCGAUGCUGGCUACGUCCCCAACGACCUGCAGGUCGGCCAGACAGGCAAGAUUGUGGCCCCCGAGCUGUAUCUGGCCGUUGGUAUCUCUGGUGCCAUCCAGCACAUUGCGGGCAUGAAGGACAGCAAGACCAUCGCUUGCAUCAACAAGGACGCCGAAGCCCCCAUUUUCCAGAUCUCCGACUAUGGCCUCGAGGCGGACCUCUUCAAGGCCGUCCCUGAGAUGACCGAGAAGCUGAAAUAA